AUGAAGCUGAAGCUGAACCUCUUGCUCAAGAGUUCGCUUGUGUUUGUUCUUUCGAUCCAUACGGUGGAGACCGCCGUCUAUGGCGUAUAUGGUACAGUAGAGCGAGAGAUGACCAAAACUUGUAUGCGCCUUGAAACCUCAUGCUCGACAUAUGAAGAUUGCGGGUAUCGCUCUGGUGAAGGCCGUUGCUGUUACCAAGGAUCAUGCUAUGCGGCAGUGUCGUUUUCAUUUUCCUCUUGGGAGUCUUCAUGUGGAAUCGAGAACAUGGACAGCAACUGCGAAAUAGGUUUAUCGUCAUAG